AUGGAGAAGCUGUCUCCAACAUUUUUACCUAUCAGAGGAUCCAAAGGGAAAGACAUCAACACCAUCAAGUCCCUGAGAGUCCUGCGUGUCCUGCGACCUCUCAAGACCAUCAAACGGCUGCCUAAGCUCAAGGCUGUGUUUGGCUGUGUGGUGAAUUCCUUGAAGGAUGUCUUGAACAUCCUGAUCGUCUACAUGCUCUUCAUGUUCAUAUUUGCCGUCAUUGCAGUGCAGCUCUUCAAAGGAAAGUUUUUUUGCAGCACUGAUGAAUCCAAGGAGCUGGAAAGGGACUGCAG